AUGGCUGGUAUCAACAUGCAGGACUUCUCAUGUGUCGUGUGCCUUGAAGACUUUUCUGACCUAAGGCGACCAACGAUUCUGAUGCCAUGUGGACAUACGGUCGUGUGCCAACUAUGUCUUGCCCAGUCUCUGAACAAGUGUCCAAUAUGUCGAAGCCAUUACGUCUCACAUCAAAUCAACUACGAACUUGAGAAUGCCCUCAAUGAGCGCAGACAAUUGAUUGAAACAUCCCGGAAUUUCGCCGAGCAAUUGCAAAUGAUCACAGACGCUGCUUUCAACAACCAAGUUACGGCUCUCAAGCUCGAAAGUGGAGUCGAAUUUCAACAACAACAGUUAGCCGAAAUGAAGAAGAAGCUGGAGGAAAGCGGAAAGCAAGAAACAUCAUCGCUAAUCGCAGAGCUGAGACAAAUGCUACUUGAAAAACCUGAGCAAAAGAAAAACGGCGUGUAUCUGACCGGGUUGCCUGCCGAGUGGACGGACAAUGAAGUGAAAGCAAUGGCUGCGCUUGUGGUUCCAGAAGAAGAAGCUAGGAUCAAACCCUAUGAACCAAGAAGUGCCGGGCGAUGCGUGGUGACAUUUGCAACUGAAGAAAGCGCUACAAAGUUCAUCAACUCGUGUAAUGGGACAUUGUACCUCGGAAAGCCAGACAACCGUAUCACUGCGAAGUACGCGACCUACAGGCGCACUGAAAAUAAACCAAUUGAUCCAAAACCAUCGGCGCCUGUGUCACGGAAUUCCGCUCGACCUAUGGUACAUGUUCAGACACCAUAUCGCGCACCGCCUCAACGCAAUCCCCAAGAACAGCAAUCCAUCAAUCAAAGGAAGCUUUACUUCUGGAACCUACCCAAGGAUGUCAAAUCCGAUGAUGUGGUACGAGCCCUAUUCGAACCUGCCGGACACCAAGAGCUUGUCCAGUUGGAAAAACGCAGC